AUGGUGGCAGAUGAUACGCUGUAUAAUACACCGCAUGAGACGGCCUUGGCCGUCGUAGCGACUGCUAUGAAGAAGGCAAGAUUGCAAAUUCCAACGUUGGUGAUUAACUCCAUUGUGGGUGGAGUCCUUUUCAGUUCCGGGUCCAUUUUAACUAUUGCAGCUCAUGCUGAUAACCCUGGCCUAUGGCAAAGUAAUCCGGGAGUGCUUAGUGCCUAUUCCAGUAUUACCUACGGUAUAGGUCUUUUCUACGUGGUUAUCAUGGGUGCCGAUUUGUUCAACUCUAAUAUUCUAUUUUUUUCAGUCGGAGUACUGCGACAGGCAGUUACGAUUUACGAUCUGUUAAUCUCAUGGUUUAUCAGUUUAUUGGGUAAUUUAGGAGGCUCUUUAUUUGUUUCUUACCUCUUUGUUCAUCUUUCAGGUAUAAGUUCCUCAGAGUUGUGGAUAGCUGGUUCCCGUAAAUUAGUUGAGGAUAAAGCCAGUUUCUCCUUCAUAAAAACUCUUUUGAAAGGUAUCGCGGGUAAUUUCUACGUUUGCCUUGCCAUCUACUUACAAUUGAUGGCAAAACCAUUGCACGUCAGGUUAAUGGUUAUUGUUUUACCGAUUUUUACCUUUGUAUCAUGUGGGUUUACGCAUGCUGUUGCAGAUAUGACUUACUGCUACAUCGGUAUGUUGAAUGGAGGCGCAGUUACGGUUGCUGAGUACAUUUGGAAGCUACUUAUUCCAGCUUGUGUGGGAAACAUUAUUGGUGGAUUUUCAUUCAGUCUAGUAAUACCAUUCUACUUGCACUUAGUCGUAGUGGAGCAGGAUCGAAAGAGACUAUCACUACCAGAGUAUGAUGCUAGAGAUGAACAACCUGAAUUGAACACGGACUCUAGAGUGGUCCGGAUAUCACCUCAGCAGGAGAGACAAGAUGAACAAGAGGCUGAGGAGACAGAAGAAUACGAUGGGGAACCCUCCGAAAAGGUAGAUAUGGAUGAUUCAAAUAGUGCCAGUAGCCACUUAAGUCGAGAAGCUACUAGACCACGCAAUUUGUCAUCUGCAAGGACAUCUCAGGUUGCUCUAAGCGACUUUCAGCCACAAAUCUACGAAGCUAACACCGAAGAUUACAAUCCAACACUAUCUGAAAUGCACACCUUAAAAUCCACUUGCAGCAGACGCUCCAAUCCUUCAAGUCGUCGACGUAGUGUUAUUCGAUCUCCACCAGGUGUUUUUCCUGUCAGAGGAAUGGGUGAACCACUUAGGAAGGAAAGAACCAUCGAAAACCCAAACUAUGCAUUAAAUCAACUGCCCUACAGAGACGGAAAUGAGACUCCUCGUUAUAAUAGCAAUACAACAAGUCGCACUGUCAGUCGGCGGGGGACUGACACUCCUAAUACAUUGGAAAAUCAAUCGACAUACGAGAAGGAAGCUAAUAAUGAUGAUGAGUAUACCGUUUUAGAAGAAAAACCAGGAGCUAAGCUGGAGAGGGCUUUGACGAAAUUAGUUGAGCACAGAUCCAAGACGGUAGGUCACUUACCUAGAACAACUCAAGAUACUUUUCCUUACAAUAAACCAGGCGUAUUGGCAUAUAACGAAGCUGACGCUGGACAUCUAUGGCAUAAUAAAGAAAACGGGUUGCUAAAGUCUUUGACUAAGGAGUUUAGUCAUGCCGAAUCACCCCACAACGCCGCAGAUUUGGAAAAACAGUUGCAAGAUGCUGGCAUUACACAUAGAGCAGCUCUUGCAGCUAACUCCGUUGCCGGUGUAUCCAACUACAACAAUCUUGAUCUCCAAAGGGCACAUACAUCAACAUUCGACGGACGUCAACCUCUUCACUCUGCCAGGUCUCACGCAAGAGACUCGCAUCCGAUCAGAAGAAUGCAGACGGCCUCUGUAGGCACUCUACUGAAUGGUUAUAAUCAGCCGGAGCGUCGACGAACGAAUGCAAUGACCGGUCUCAGUGAUAGUGCUAGUCAGAGCGUUAACGACAGCGUUAACGACAGCAUCAACGAAAGUGAGGCCUCGCGAGAUUGA